AUGGUUUCCCUACCUCCUCAAACGGCCGAUGAGGCUGUCCGCAGCUCCGUGAAGCGUACCGCCGACCUCUUCGGCACAGAAUACCUGAUGGUCACACCCUCGACCCUGGCAGACGGCUCAAUCGGCGUGUCCUACCGGCGAAAAGCAGAAUACCAAGAUGUGAUGGAAUUACCCCCAGCACUGGCUGAGAAGCAGGCCAAGGCCGCUGCGGGACGCACGAAACGACCCAAGAUUCAACCAGCUCAGUCUCAGUCUGCGGGUGAUGGCAGCGGUGCUUCGAUGGCCCUCGUCAGGAGACCUGCGGGUGUGGGCGCAGGCGCUGGUGGUGGUGAGGACCAGCCUAAAAGUUUGAUUCAGAGACCCUCUGCGACGAAGCAACAGCGGCCAGAUUGGCACGCGCCCUGGAAGUUGAUGCGUGUGAUCUCGGGACAUUUGGGUUGGGUACGAGCUUUGGCGGUCGAGCCGAAUAACGAGUGGUUUGCCAGUGGUGCUGGUGAUCGGACAAUUAAGAUUUGGAACAUGGCGACGGGUGCUUUGCGACUUACCCUGACGGGUCACAUUUCGACUGUGCGCGGUCUCGCGGUCUCACCCCGGCAUCCAUACCUCUUCUCGUGCGGUGAGGAUAAGAUGGUCAAGUGCUGGGAUUUGGAGACGAAUAAGGUCAUCCGCCACUACCACGGCCAUCUUAGCGGUGUCUAUACAUUGGCGCUGCACCCUCGCUUGGAUCUAUUGGUUACCGGUGGUCGCGACGGUGUAUGCCGAGUGUGGGACAUGCGAACGCGAAGCAACGUUCACGUUCUUGCCGGACACAAGGGCACCGUCGCCGACAUCAAGUGCCAGGAAGCCGAUCCUCAGGUUAUCUCCGGCUCGCUAGACGCUACGGUGCGGCUCUGGGAUCUGGCAGCUGGCAAAUCCAUGGGCGUCCUGACGCAUCACAAGAAGGGUGUUCGUGCACUUGCCACCCACCCCACCGAGUUCACAUUUGCUAGUGCCAGCACCGGCACCAUCAAGCAGUGGAAGUGCCCAGAGGGUGACUUUAUGCAGAACUUUGACGGCCAGAAUGCCAUUAUCAACACUCUUUCCGUCAACGACGAGAACGUCAUGUUUUCUGGCGGUGACAACGGCUCCAUGUCAUUCUGGGACUGGAAGACUGGAUACCAGUUCCAGUCCAUUGACACAAUGGCCCAGCCCGGUUCCCUCGAGGCCGAAGCGGGUAUCAUGGCCUCGACCUUUGACCGGACUGGUCUGCGUCUCAUUACCGGCGAGGCGGACAAAACUAUCAAGAUCUGGAAGGAGGAUGAGAACGCCACCCCCGAGACUCACCCUGUUACAUGGGCUCCUACUCUUGGCAGACAGCGGUAUUAG